GCUCGAAAAUUCUGAGCUGCAACCCAAGGAAGUGAAACCUUUGUACAAAGGAAGACAGUCACUCUCUUAAGAAUCAUUUUUCUGUUCACCAUGAAGUUAGGAAAAACUAAAGGGGGUUUUUCUCGAAGCUCAAGCAAAAGAAAAGCCUAUGAGAACCAGCGUAAAACAGCACGUCAGCGGCAGAAAUGGGGAAUGGUUGCUCGAUUUGAGUCAAGCUUGAGUAGGCUGAGAAGAAGCUUGGAUGAGAAACCUUACAAAUGUACUGAGUGUGAAAAGAGUUUCAGUCAGAGUUCAACUCUUUUUCAACACCAGAAAAUCCAUACUGGAAAGAAAUCCCACAGAUGUGCUGAUUGUGGGAAAAGUUUCUUUCAGAGUUCUAAUCUCAUUCAGCAUCGACGGAUCCAUACUGGGGAAAAGCCCUAUAAGUGUGAUGAGUGUGGUGAAAGGUUUAAACAGAGCUCAAAUCUCAUUCAGCAUCAGCGAAUUCAUACCGGAGAAAAGCCCUAUCAGUGUGAUGAGUGUGGCCGAUGUUUCAGCCAGAGCUCCCACCUCAUUCAACACCAGAGAACCCACACCGGGGAGAAGCCCUAUCAGUGCAGCGAGUGCGGCAAGUGCUUCAGCCAGAGCUCUCAUCUCAGGCAGCACACGAAGGUGCACAAGGAAGAGAAGCCUCGGAAGACCCGGCGCAAAAACAGCAGGGCAAAAGCUCACCUAGUAUCGUCUUGGAAAGCUGGUACAGGAAGGAAGUCUGUGGCUGGUCUCCGCUAAGUAAAGGGCACUACUUCAGCCCUCUUUAAAAAAAAUUUUUUUUUAAGGCUAAUCGUUUAGUACUAGAGAUGCUUUAUAGUUGAACACUUUUAUUGCAUUUUCUUUUUCUAAUAUUGGAGACAUUGGGAGUUCAAUGACUUUAUUGGGCUGAAAGAAACAACAUUAGUUCAUCUGUACUCUUUUUUUUUUUUUUUUAAAGUGACAUGGAGCACAGAGAACUGAAAAUGUGUUUUGAGAGAAUGCAAGAUCCCUUGACCUCAUUUAAAAUUGCUUCCUGCCUCACUUUGACAAAUACCAUCAUGUUUUGAUGACAUGUAUAUGAAAGUGCAGGAAUGUGCCAAUGAUUCCUUAAUUUUAGGACUUUUAGUGGAAGGAGUAAUUAAAUAAAAGGGAGAGGAGAUUAAUUCCAUUUGUUUUGGAGUUCUGCAGCUGAGGAUGAGAGUCGUUAGAUUGUCUGCAAAGUUUUGUAGUGUAGUAAUCAAUGGUUUGUAAGUAUGAGUUGGAAAUUCAGCUUCUUAAAAAUGUAUUCAAGAUCAUAGAUUUUUAAUCAACAAGGCCCAUUGGUCUACCUUAGCUUUCCUUGUACCUUAGCUUUCCUUGUUUCUUCCCUUCUGCUUUUGGACAAUUAUUAAUUACAGGAGUAGCAUUUCCCUGUUUUUACUGAAUUCUUUGUAGAAGCCAAAGUGAGAACUGCAUUAGACCCCAAGUCUCCUGUUCCUCUUAACCCUGCCCUUUGUGAAGGUGUUACAGCUCUCCCUUGUUUUCCAGAAGCUGGGAUGGAUUGCCCUUGACCUCUUUUGGUAUUAUCUUGUUCUCUGGCAAACUGAGCCAACCUUUUCGAUUUACACGGAUAAAUAAUUACACUGUAUUUUACUAGCACAAUUGCAGCUUGCUUCUUGCUAACUAAAAGUCUACAAUUUAAACAUUUCCCUGCCUUUCCCUUUGAAAGCUUUAGAUAACCCUGUUUAUCUUAAACAAAUGUUUGCUGUCAGCAAAAAUCAUUUAAUUCAAGUGUCGAUGCAUUGUAGCUCCUUUGAAAUCUUAGUUAACUUCUUUGGAAUUACAGGAAUUAAGUCUAGCAAACCCAUUUCUUCCAUCAGAACAGUGCAAGGUUUUAGACAUUCUGAUCAGCUGGCAGCUCAGGUUUUAAUUUCUAUUGAAUAUGAAAGUUCUGAUUUUUUUUGUAUCUUUUAUAAUCAGAUUGGUUCCUGUCGUAUUAAUGACAAUUAUCCCUAAAAAUAAAAAAAAUUAAAUAU